AUGGGCAAAUCCAGAGUAUCCCCCUUAAAACAAGUUACCAUUCCACGUUUAGAGCUAAAUGCAGCUGUUGUUUCAGUUAGAGUUAGCAACUUCUUGCAAAAUGAAUUGGAUUUUGAUGGUCUAGAGCAGUGGUAUUGGACGGAUAGUAACGUAGUGCUUGGAUAUAUAUCUAAUGACUCUCGUAGAUUCCAUGUAUUCGUUGCGAACAGAAUACAAGAAAUUAGAGAUCUUACGGAACCCAAACAGUGGAGAUAUGUCAAAACUGCUGAUAAUCCAGCUGACAUUGCUUCUAGGGGUGCUUUCUCUCGUGAAUUGUUAGAGUCGAAUUGGUUCACUGGUCCCAGUUUCUUGUGGGAACCCAACAUUCCGCCUUUAAAUGAAGAUGAUACAGUUCGGACCAUUUCUUCUGUAGAUCCUGAGGUAAAAAAUGCUCUGUUUUUAUAA